AAACUAAUGACCAAAAAUUAUUUGUAUAAACAACACGUAAUAGCACCUUCUAAUAGGUGGACAAACACUUGGGGCCAAAGCUUUAACGACUCUGAGGAUGUUCACCAUAUAAUCAGACAAAAUCUCUCAUUCUUGGCACGUAUUGCUCUACCAGAGAGAGAGAGAGAGAGUUGUGAAGUAAAGAAUGUGGAAUUCAAAAUGUCCACUCUGAAUUCCAAUUCCAUUGUUUGUGUCUCGAGGUUAGCAAAAGAAGCUCUCCCCCCCUUGGGCAAAACAUCUGGAUAGAUAAGGAAGCCAAAGAUUGGAGCUGUAUUUGUGGUUGCAGAGAGAGACAAAACUGAAGUCACAAUGCUGCUAAGAAAAACUAUUCAGAAGACCAAGAUCUUGUUUCACAAAACCCUCCAAAACCUCAAGUCAUUUCUCUUCGGGGCGUACCAAAAGCUACACAAAGACCGUCCCCUCAAUCACUUCUGUAGCAAAAACAGCAGCCCAACAACGCAGCAGUUGGAGCUCUUCUAUACAGACUUCUCCGAGCACUUGGAUUCCGAUCAUGAUAAGACGACGAAAAGAAAGAAGAAGAAGAAGAAGAAUAAGAAGAACGUUAUAUUGGCAAAAGAGCUGAUGAAGGAAGAAGAAGCUUGUAAUAGUUGUUGCAUCAAGCUUGAAGAGCAUAGUGUUGUGAACAUCAAAAAUGAAGUGAGAGGAGAGGAAGAGAAGAAGAUGGGAAGUUCUAUGAGAGAGAAAAGAGGAGAGUCAUCCUCCAGGAGCAUGAAUAGUGGGAAUUAUGUGUUGGCGCAAAAGAUGAAAGAAUUGGAGAUGAUGGAUGUGAAUGACGUGGAUCAUGUGUUGGACGUAGAAGAAGUACUCCAUUAUUAUUCUCUCCUCAAAAGUCCGGUUUACCUCGACAUCAUGGACAAGUUUUUCACAGAUACAUACUCCGAUUUAUUCGUUCCACAGCCCUCUGCUAGUGUUAACAAUUCAAUGAGGAAGCUUGGCCCUCUCAAGUUACAGAGUGCUAACAAUUCAAUGAGGAAGCUUGGCCCUCUCAAGUUACAGAGUGCUAACAAUUCAAUGAGGAACCUUGGCCCUCUCAAGUUCUAGAUAAUGCAGCCAAUGAUCUCUUAUCUUAUCUGGGCAUUACCCAGUUGCCUAAUUGGUAGAGCGCCCAGCUUCCUGAGCAGCUGUGCGUGUAUUCAAGUUCCCCAUCCCCUAGUUUGGUAGGAAAAAAAUGAUCUCUCUGUGCAUAUGAUUCUCACCAUCUCUCUUUGUUUCUUUCCCAUCCUCUUGUCUGAAUAUGUUUGUGUGCCCACUUGAAUGUAGUUGUGGUUUUCAGCUCAAUAAAUCUUUCUAUGUGGUUUCAAA